CCCCAAUCCACCCCGGCUUGCUGUAUAAAAGGCUAGCACGGAACGGCUGAUGCAAUCGUACCGGCGCCAGAAAGUUCGUGAAGACGACGUGAAGAAUGCCAGUUUUUAGGAAUUUGGCGAAGACUGCUAAACAAGUGCUACUGAGCAAUGGUUGUAGUUGCCAGAUUCCUGCUGUGUCAAUCAGACUAAUGAGCUGCUCUCCAAGGCAAGUAAAUGCAGAUGCAAGUUUUCACUCUGUGUCUUUUGCUGAGUCGGAUCAUCCCCGUGUUCUUAUCACAGGUGGCUUGGGACAGCUUGGUGUAGGGCUUGCUAACUUGUUAAGAAAACGUUUUGGUAAAAACAAUGUAAUUCUCUCUGACAUCAGGAAACCCCCAGAUCAUGUGUUCCACAGUGGGCCAUGUAUAUACUCUGACAUCUUGGAUUAUAAGAAUCUGCGUGAAAUUGUCGUCAACAAUCGUAUCACAUGGCUAAUUCACUACAGUGCUCUGCUGAGUGCAGUCGGGGAAGCAAAUGUCGCUCUAGCACGCAAUGUCAACAUAACGGGUCUGCAUAAUAUUCUGGAUAUUGCUGCUGAACAUAAUCUUCGCCUGUUUGUUCCCAGCACAAUUGGUGCAUUUGGAUUAACUUCUCCCAGAAAUCCAACUCCCGAUCUGUGUGUACAGAGACCUAGGACAAUCUAUGGAAUCUCCAAGGUGCAUGCUGAGCUCAUGGGUGAGUAUUACCACCACAAGUAUGGCAUGGAUUUUCGAUGCCUGAGGUAUCCUGGCAUAAUUUCUGCAGACACCCAACCAGGUGGCGGCACAACAGAUUAUGCAGUCCAAAUUUUCCAUGAUGCUGUAAAGACAGGGAAGUUCGAAUGUUACUUGAAGGCUGAUACAAAGCUUCCUAUGAUGUACAUUGAUGAUUGCCUACGUGCAACACUGGAAAUCCUGGAAGCACCAGCAGAACAGCUUACGAUGAGAACGUAUAAUAUCAGUGCUAUGAGCUUCACUCCUGAAGAGCUGGUGGCUGAAGUUCGAAAGCACCUGACUGAUCUUAAGAUCACCUACAAAAUCGAUGAAAUGCGCCAGGCAAUUGCUGAUAGUUGGCCAAUGGAAUUCGAUGAUCACAACGCUCGCCGAGACUGGGGCUGGAAGCAUGAAUAUGAUCUUUCUGAGCUGGUGUGCACGAUGCUAAAUUUUUGUACAACUGAUAGUCAGCUGAUGCAAACAAAUUAAAGGAAAAUGAAGAUUUUUGAAGGACCAGAAUCUACAAGGGGAUCGAAUGUACAUAAGAAUGUCAUAUUAGAUGAUGAAAUUUAGGUCGCUUUGUGUAAAUAGUCUUUUUUCUUUACUUGAACCAGGCUGACUGCGAUGGCUAACUGUGCAUCUUGUGCAACGAGAAUAUAUAAACUUUAAUGGUCAAUGGUAAUCUGAAGAAGUGUUUGGUCUAGAUGAGCAGUGCUGUUACAAAAGGGCUGCCAACAUACAGGGCAGAGUAUUUCAUUUGAACUAUUUAUAUAUGAACUUUCAGUUCUAACUUUUUUAUUCUUGGGUAAAAUGUAUACUUUGUGCAAGGAUGGGAGGGGAAGAGGAGUGAAUGUUCACUUUCAUCUUUAAAAAUUAUAAUUAGAGCCUUAAGCUAUACUGUGAAAUAAGUUCUUCUGUACUUCCAACUUUAAAAUGGAGAUCACUAAGGAUUAUUUAGUAAUGCAGUUGAAUAAGUUGUGUAACAAGCUGUAUUCCACUUGCAGUUUAUUUAAUCUGAAGAAUUUUGUUUUGUAGACUAUUUGCAAAAUUGAGUGUCUUUUACCCGAUUCUGCUUAACUAUAGAAUUAAUGCAGUUUAUCUCAAAACAUCCAUAAUUUAAUCAACAAAAUGAUCAAACACUCCAUAUGCUCAAAAAUGAUUUAAUCAUAGCAUAUAUGCUUUUGGAUAUUGUGCAAACAUUUUGUUUUGCAGUUUUGACUUCUUUUCACACUCUUUUCGUAAUGGCACAGUGACCUGCGAGAGGUUUUGGCAUAAUUGUGCAAAUUCUGUAAUCAGGAAAACCAAACUGACUUCAAUAUGGUCAAAAGAUGGAAAAUCAAUUCCAGUAAUUUUACACAGAACCUUUUUUAUGUGAAGAGUAUGUGUAUCUUGAAAAAUCUUUAGUUGCCAUUUUUAUUGCAAAAAAUGUCUCUACUUUUUUAUAUCAAGCAAAAAUGUUGCAUUAAAUUUCAGAUUUUUGAGUUUGAA